AGCACAAUUAAGGUCCGCAGAUUUUUUCUAAUGUUGCAUUAGUUUUGUUAGCAGCUUUUGGCGCAUCUCGAAACAAAACAUAUUCUGUCAAAACAAACAAACAAAGCGAAGCAAAGUGCCUGAUUGGAGACAAACGAGCAAAGUAUCUCACUGAUAGCCCUUAUCGGUUAUCGAUACGAUCCCACACAAUAGGGCCAUUUGGCAUCAGAAGACAGUCCCCGGGAAACCACUUCAUAGUAUUGUACGAAGGAUUAGGCAUUAGGUGUGACUGUUUUUCGAUCAUGGUGCACAAACAUUUUUUGGCCGGCUACGAUGCUUUCGUGGCUUUUAUGAAGGAUUUUAACGGCCACGGUGCACCGAUCAACAUUCUCUUCACCGGUGCGAAGUUAGAAAACGGUCAGAGCUGGUGUGGUGAUUGUGUUGAAGCGGCCCCGUCCAUCGAAAAAGCGGUAGAAAAGGAUGCUCCCAAAGAUUCUCAUUUCAUCUACGUGGACGUCGGCGAUAGACCUACCUGGAAAGACAUGAACAAUGCAUUCCGCAAGGACACGAACACACGCCUUUCGGUCAUUCCAACCAUGAUCCGCUGGAAGAACCCACAGCGGCUCGAAGGUGAACAGUGUGCCAAGGCCGACCUUUUGGAGCUAUUUUUCACCGAAGAAGACUAGCGGAAUACGACCCGUGAACCGAACAGGGUUCCAUUCUUUCGCCCAAUAAACAAAAAACGAGUUCCAUGGCCGUUUGCU